GAGAGGUUGGGUGGAUAUAAACAUGAAGUAGAAUCAUCAACGAUGGCUGCAAAGGGUUGUAUUGUUCUCACAAAGUACUUCUUGUUUGUCUUCAACCUCUUUUUCUUUUUCCUGGGAGGUGUGAUGUUGGGGUUCGGCCUGUGGAUUCUGUUUGACAAAACGAGCUUCAUCUCGGUUCUGGAGACUGCCGUGGUACCGUUGCGCCUGUUCUCCUACGUGUUCUCGGCGCUGGGCAUCUUCACCAUGAUGAUGGGAUUCCUGGGCUGCAUCGGUUCCCUGAAGGAGGUCAAGUGCAUGCUGGGGAUCUACUUCACCUUGCUCGUGCUCCUGAUGGCCUCCCAGAUCACGAUCGGAGUCCUGGUGUACACCCAGAGGAACAUGAUCGAGAAGAAGCUGGGCCUGUCGGUGAAGGAGCUGAUUGAAUCUUACAGCCAGCUGGACAAACAUUUGCCCGACCACGAGGAGAGUUGGGAUUACAUCCAAAUCAAGUUCUCUUGCUGUGGUUGGAACAACUCCCUGGAGUGGAUGAAGAAUCCUCUCGUCGGGAGGAAUGUGUCGGGGGUCCUGCCGUUCACCUACCCCUGCUCCUGCUACAACUCCUUCCCUGAGAAUUCCACCCAGUUCAACAUGACCGACGACGUCGGGAUCUGCUCAGCCCCCUUCAACCCACUAACAGCAAAGCUACAGGGCUGCAAGAAAAUGGUGUUCCAGUGGAUAAAGGAAAACAUCAUCAGCAUUAUGGUGACCUGCAUCAGCAUCAAUGUGGUGGAGCUCCUUGGGAUGUCCCUAUCGAUGUUAUUGUGUAGGAACAUCGACCCAGACUACGACAAACUCAUCCGCUUUCAGUAAACUGGAGAGCCCAAGGGCUGGUGUGGAUGGGGUUGAAAAACCAGCGAGUUUAUUUUUCUUUUUUUUAAUGUCUUCCUGCCAUAAUUUUACUUCUAGUCCACGUUUUAAAUCCCUCUCCAUGGAUUUGACUGCGAUCUACGGGUUCUGAUGCUGUACCAUCUGAUGAGCAGGACGGGCGCGCCCACUGUCAACCUUAAUCCAACCUAUUUCACAGAGUAAUUCAACAGUCGAUUCAAUCCACGGGGCCCUGGCAUUCCCUGGAUUUUAGCCGGGAGUGGACUCGGCCCGAUGUAUGUAUACUGGGCAGUGGUGAAAUAUUCCAUAUUGGAAACCAGAAGAAGUUGUGAAAGGUGAAGAACUCCCGUUCUUAGAAUCCCGUCCCAUGCUGGACAUCGGACGGCGUCUUGGAUGUGGUUUGGUUUCCCUUGGCACUUAGAACAUGGAACAGGACAGCACAGGAGCAGGCCCUUCGGCCCACAACAUCCGUGCCGAACAUUAUCUGUGUAGGAAGGAACUGCAGAUGCUGGUUUAAACACAAGAUAGACACAAAACGCCGGAGUAACUCAGCGGGGCAAGGCAGCAUCUCUGGAGCGAAGGGAUGGGUGAUGUUUCGGGUCAAGACCAUUCUUCAGACUCUCAUCUGCCUGCUCAUAAUCCACAACCCUCCAUUCUCUGUGUAGGAAGGGUCUCGACCCGAAACGUCACCCAUUCCUGUGGGAGGGGGCAUGCCAUGGGAGGGGCCAGGGGGUGGGAGGGGCCAUGGUAUGGGAGGGGCUUCGCUGUGGGAGGGCCAUGUUGUGGGAGGAGUCCCGCUGUGGGAGGGACCAUGAAGUGGGAGGGGCCAUGCUGUGGGAGGGACCAUGCUGUGGGAGGAGUCACAUGGUGGGCGGGACCAUGAAGUGGGAGGAGUCACCCGGUGGGAGGGUCCACGAAGUGGGAGGGGCAUGCUAUGGGAGGAACCAUGCUGUGGGAGGGGCCACACUGUGGGUGGGGCCGCACUGCAGAUUUGUGAGGGUUAUUAGAGGUUUAGUAAUUAUGAUGAGAUUCUGCACCUCAAAAUUCCCAUGUGAAUGUUUAAAGAAGAGACGGGAAAGUUCCCCACUAACUAGCUCACACUAGUACUUGCGGCUAAUAAUUUAUUAACUUUGUGUGGAAUCCCGUGAAAUAAAGUGACUUGAAAUGCAGUCCAUGACCUGUGAAAAUAACUCCUUCCCUUGACUGUAAUCGUCACGACAGUGGCACUGAUGCAUGGGAUGCCCAGUAAAUCCUGUGACAAAUACCUUAUAUCUGCUGUCUAAAUUAGUGCUGUACCUGCCUCUGAUGGCCCCUGUGGUCAACUCCCAUCUGAUAUGAAGGAGAGGGAGUGAUUAAGGGUUCACUGCUCAAUACAGUGAAUGCAAUAAAAACAUCUACCACCAAGUACAGUGUCGUCUCAUUCUCAAGUCAAUCACUUUGUGAUAAUUUCUUAUCUCUCCUGAAUUCUGAUUGUGAAUUCUGAUUCUGAAUAAUUCUGAGGUCUUUUGAAUGCCGUAGCAAUGUGGACUCUGUGAGAAUUUCUGAUCUAUUCUGACUUCUGACCCUUGAUUCUGAUUCUGAAUUCUGAAUUCUGAUUCUGAAUUCUGACCCUGAAUUCUGAAUUCUGGAUUCUGACCCUGAAUUCUGAUUCUGAAUUCUGACCCUGAAUUCUGAUUCUGGAUUCUGAUUCUGAAUUCUGACCCUGAAUUCUGAAUUCUGACGCUGAAUAAUUCCUUGUCUAUUGAAUGCUGUAGUGGCGCGGCAUACCUUGUGAUCAUUUCUGAUCUAUUUUUACUAUGUUGGAUGACCUAGAAGCUCUAUCAGUAUUAUGGUAUAUAAGUUCCAGGACAUGUUCAUGUCUGAUUCAUAUCUUCAAUAAAAGUUUAAUGGUUACAUCAA